CAAAACCCGGAAGUGUGGAGUGUUUCGGAUUGUAAAGUUUGCUGCAGGUGUGCUCGAUGCAGCUGAAACGUCUCCUCUAUUUAACAGGGCUUGGAGGCAUCGCUCGUUCCAGAGACGGUCUGUCGAGGAGCAGAGGAGGCGCGAGAGCGAUGGCGUCCAGCAGCCCGGCGGCGGACACAGUUUCAGAGCUGACGGUACCCGUCCCGUGGGGAACCCUCACAGGUAAGCUCUGGGGUCCUGAGCACGGCCGUCCUGUGCUCUGCCUGCACGGCUGGUCUGAUAACUGCGGAACAUUCGACACACUCCUGCCCCUUCUCCCUAAAGAGUGCCGCUACGUGGCCAUCGACCUCGCAGGCCACGGCCGCUCGUCUCAUCGUCCUCCUGGAUCGCUGUACACCUUCCCCUCAUAUGUGCUGGACGUGCGCCGAGUUGUUAGUGCUCUGCAGUGGAGCAAAUUCUCCAUCAUCGGCCACAGCAUGGGUGGAAACGUGGCCGGCGCGUUCAGUGCUCUGUAUCCGGAGAUGGUGGAUGCCCUCGUGCUGCUGGACUCCUACGGGUUUUUACCGACUGAAACGAAAGAAAUCCCCAGCGUGAUGAGGCAGGGGCUGGAUGAGAUGAUUCAGUAUGAAAAGAAGACGGAGGCGGAGAAACGAAGAGUUUACACUUAUGAGAAGGCUUUGGAGAGGCUGAUGAGCGUGAACCAGAGUCUGUCUGAAACAUCUGCGAGAAUCCUCCUCCAGCGAGGUUCAGUUGAAGUUGAAGGAGGAAUCGUGUUCUCCCGAGACUUCCGGAUUAACCUGAAAAAUGUGGCGCGCAUCACGGUGGAGCAGGCCCUGGAGCUGCAGUCCCGAAUUCAAGCCUCCGUCCUCGUUGUCCUGGCGGACGGCGGCUUUGAGAAAUUCUUUGCCGAUACGGAGCAAAAGAAGUUUAUAAACCAGGUUCUGCAGGCGUACCGGGACCAAAAUAACUCGGUCGUGACGGUUUCAGGCAAUCACCACGUCCACCUGAACGAUCCCGAAGUCGUCGCUCCGGUCGUGUCGGAUUUCCUGCAGAAAAAAGUUCUCUCGCCGUCAGCCGGAGCGCCGCCACCUCAGUUUUCCCAUUUAUAGAGAAGCACAGCCGCUUGUCGAUUUCUCCUUAUGUCACACUUCUAAUGAGCUUUCUAAUCGACGACAUUGAUGAACCCGUCAGCGUGUUUCCAUGUGUGACUAACAGAGGACUCGUUUUCUGAUCCUCCUCGACACUUCACUUCUCACCAGUCUGCUGCUCUCCCUCUCCAGCUGCUCGGCUCGCUAGUUAAUGGGGGUGAAUGGAACUGAAUAACUGACAUAUAAAUAACAUGUUUGAGCAUUAAUGUUGCUUUCUGACUUCUUCUUUCACAUCAGAGCUUCAUGCAGCGUGUGUUUUCACUAAGUGCUCACAUCUCACCAUUACAUUCUGAGGUUUCUUAGUAUCUAUUCAAACUUUAGAAUGAGAUUAUGGGAGUGAUUUCAGUCUCCUCAACCUAUAAAAUCUCAUGAGGCACUGUGUUUAGAGAGUUCAAAGCUGUUCUGUCACAUGUAUUUAUUAAAGUUGGACUA